ACAUGAGGGGUUCAGGCGCUGGUCACUGUGUGGAUUCCACUUCACAGACACCAGAUCAGCGUUUGAGGUUUAUGCAGGAAUCGGAUUAUGCUCUCAUAAAGUCCACCCCCGUCCCCUUUUCACCCCCCACUCUCCCCUCCCAUCCCCUCCUGAAUGGGGGGCGCUGCGUCUGCCCGUCCCCGCUUGCCUCUUUGUUCAAACCGAUGCUGCUUCUGUCCCUCAGUGCUGCUGAUGCUGGUGCGGAGGGAGGGGGGGCAGAAGGACCACCUUGCUGUGUGCGCGCCCGCGCGUCACCCUCUCUGCUGUGAUCUUGCAGAUAUCAGUGUCUGGGGGGAUGACCGGCGGUGCGGACUGCUGCUGCUGCUGCUGCGCGGAGAGGAUCAUGUGGAAGAGGGAGUGAAAAGUCCCAGGAAGCCCGUGGACGCACUCCUCCAGCCCUCCUCCGCAAAGUGCUGCUUCACCCCCCCUUUUUUCUCCUCUCUCCUCCACCCGACUCUUCUGCUCCCACCGGCAGCUGCACCUUGGCUGAGGCGCAGAGCUUUCGCUGACAUUCCUGAGGGCUGCACCGGCGACGCGCACCUUGUUCCGUCAGAGACGACACUUUCUCAGCAGCACAAAGAUGGUGGCUGCUCACGGCACAGCUGGGCUGCAGAUCCUGCAUGUGCUGUUGCUGCUGCUCUCUUCAGGCUUGGGUGCAGCCUCAUCGAUUGUUAACAUGCGCAGAAUAAUGCAUCCGACAGAAAAGCAGACGCUUGCGGGCACAGCUGUUCUCCCGUGUGUCUUUACCCUCCAGACCAGCUCCUCCAUCCAGACUCCAAACAUCCUGUGGACUCACACCAGGCCACCGACCGGAGCACAAGAUGCUCCUCAGGAGCAAAUUGUGCUUUCUGCAAAAGGUGAUGUAAUCAAGGUGAAUAAGGCUUUCAGCGGCCGCAUCAUUCUGCCAGGAUACACUGCCAAUCCUCUGAAUGCUACCAUGGAGAUCUCCAGCCUCCGUAUCAACGACUCAGGCACUUACCACUGUCAGGUUGUCAUUGGCAACGACUAUGAGAGAGACACUGUGGCCCUGGUGGUCUCUGGUGUGGUGUUUCACUACCAGGCUCCCAACAGUCGCUACGCCCUCACAUUCAGAGAUGCCCAGCAAGCGUGCCAGGAGAACUCUGCGCAGAUAGCCUCAGCGGCGCAGCUGUGGGCAGCCUACCACCACGGCUUUGCCAGCUGCUCAGCUGGAUGGUUAGACGAUCAGACUGUCCGUUAUUCUGUGCAGCAGCCGGAGCUUGGUUGCUAUGGACACGAGGAGUAUUCUGCCGGAGUGAGGAAUUAUGGGAAGAGAGACCCGAAAGAGCUGUUUGAUGUGUAUUGCUUUGCUAACGAACUGGAUGGUGAAGUGUUUCACUCCUCGGUCCCAGACAGAUUAUCCCUGUCUUCAGCCUCAGACCGUUGUGUGUCCCUUGGGGGCCAGCUGGCAACGGUGGGACAGCUUUAUCUAGCCUGGAGGGCUGGUCUGGACAGCUGCGCCCCAGGCUGGUUAGCUGAUGGCAGCGUCCGCUUCCCGGUGACCUGGCCUCACCCAGACUGUGGAGGAUCCCAGCCUGGAGUUCACACUGUGACGCCAAACAGCACCGCCAACAACGCCACAGCUCUGUAUGAUGCCUACUGCUACAGAGGUAAAGUAGAAGAGACGGGCUCUGCUUCUCAGAUCUACAGCUCCCUGUGGAAGCCCUGGAGCUAUCUCACAGGCUCCAGUGAUGCUGACUCUGCAGCGACAGACGGAUCCAACCUGACUACACAACAAACCACCACGAUCAGAGAUGACAACGUUUCGUCAAACUGGACCGGACUGGUUGAGCUGGAGGACGAGCCUUCCUCUCACUCCACUUCCGCAGACCCCUGGUCCUCAGAGUCCUCUGGGUCAUUUGUGACCCUCCAGCUGAUGCCAGGACAGAGUUCCUUUGACUGGGGUGAGCCAACGGAGCCUGGCCCAGAUUCUGAAGAGUUUCUUCGACCUCCAGUUCACCCGACCCCCUCAGAGAAGAAGGUGAUCUCUAAAAUUGUCAAGUCUAUUUGGAAGCCUUGGAACUAUCUGGCAGGGACUGAGGAUGAGGAGGGAACCCAGGCUCCGAAUGCAGAGGAAAAGGACACAGCAACAAAAGAAGCAAACUCCAAUCCUUCCAGUGUUGCAUCACCAGGCCUGUUUUCUUGGGGGAGUUCAUGGUUCAGCAGUCCCUCAAAGGAGGACGUUUCACCAGUUAGUGAGGAGUCCCCUUCUCAUUUGGCAUCCACUGUGGCCUCCUCCAGUGAUCCUGUGACAACAGUGGCCAUCAAAAGCUGGGAGAACACACUUAAUGCGUCCAGCACAACCCCUGAAAUCAUGUUCUCCAGUAAAGAAACUUGGAUCCGAGUGGAACCAGAGACUACCACCCUGCCGGAGCAGAAGAAGGAAACUGUGACCUCCAGGGCCAGUGGCAGAGGAGGAAGAGGAAGAGGGAAGAAGAACAGAGGGGAGGAAAGACACAGAGGAGAGGAAAAAGGGAAAAGACAGGAGAAGGAAAAAACAGAGGAAGAAGGAAGUGGAGAAGUUGGUGCAGAAGCAAAGGGGGAGAUUCAAGUGUCACGACGACCAGCUGGAACAAGUAAACCAAGAGAAAGAUCCAGGGAAAGAUCGCGAGAAAGGGGUCAUAGAAAAGCACAACCUACCACCACCGCUACUACCACUUCAUCGCCAACUACUCUGGAAACCACACUGAUAACUACCACUGAGACCGACAUGUCAGAGUCCAACUAUCAGUCCACUUUAGCUGCAUCAGAAAGCUCAUCCCUCUCUGUUUCAGACAAAUCAUAUUCAGUUCUGCCCUCCUCUCAAUUCCCAACAACCUCACUGUCUGCAUCUCCCUCCCAGUCUGAAUCCUUCCAAGAAUCCCAGUCAUCGUUACUCCCCCUAUCUUCCUCCUCCUCAGGUACAGAGAUGGCUCCACCUACAUCCCAGCCAUUAUCCGUCUCUCCCUCAUUGUCUGAAUCAAACCCCCCUACACAGACAGAAACAUUUGGACUGGUUUCAACUCCUAAUGCAGACAUCCAGGACAAUUCCACUAAUUCCCACACACCUCUUCACUUGGUCCCAGUGGAGAAAGUAGCUGUGAACAGCUCUCAGGCUUAUCCUCUGUCACUGCCGGGAGCGCCAGAAGAAGAGGAACCUGCUUGGUCCCAUGCUGUUGGCUCAGGAGCUCUCUUACCUGUUAAUGUAGACGAAGAAGCAAGUAAAGGAGGACUGAGUGCCAAUACCACGUCUUUCACUCCAACAGCUGAAGUGGAUCCCUGCGUGACAAACCCGUGUCUGCAUGGAGGAAAGUGCCUUCCUCAAAGAACAGGCUACAGCUGCUACUGCCCACAAGGAUUCGCCGGAGAGAACUGUGAGAUCGAUGUAGAUGACUGCCAGUCUGAACCAUGUGAAAAUGGAGGGACCUGCGUGGACAAGAUUGAUUCAUUCCUCUGUCUUUGCCUGCCGAGCUACGGAGGAGACACGUGUGAGAAAGACGUUGAAGGUUGUGAGCACGGCUGGAGGAAGUUUCAUGGUCACUGCUACAGAUACUUCAGCCACAGACACACCUGGGAGGAUGCAGAGAAAGACUGCAGAGAACACAGUGCUCACCUCAGCAGCGUCCUCUCCAAAAACGAGCAGGAGUUCAUCAACGGUCUUGGUCAUGACAACGCCUGGGUCGGUUUGAAUGAUCGCACAGUGGAGGAGGACUUCCAGUGGACUGACGGCAACGAUCUGGUGUAUGAGAACUGGAGAGAGAGCCAGCCGGAUAACUUCUUUGCAGGCGGCGAGGACUGCGUGGUGACCAUCGCCCACGAGGACGGCAAGUGGAACGACGUUCCCUGCAACUACAAUCUACCUUAUGUCUGCAAAAAAGGCACAGUGUUGUGCGGGACCCCUCCAGCAGUGGAGAAUGCUCACUUGAUAGGCCGGAGGAGAUCCCACUAUGACAUCCAUUCAGUGGUGCGCUACCAGUGCUCUGAAGGGUUCUUUCAGCGCCACAUUCCCACUGUUCGAUGCCGGGCCGACGGAAGCUGGGAGAGACCCAGAAUCAUCUGUACAAAGUCUCGCCGUUCUCAUCGGUACCGGCGCCAUCACCACAAUCAGCACCACGAUCAUCACAGGAACAGGAGGCACGGAAGAGAGGGCAACAAAGCCGGAGGGGACGGCCACGGCUACUACAGAACCAAAUAAUACAAUGCCAAGCAGAACCCCUGAAGACAGACAGUAGUUCAUAUCACUCCUAUCUCUUCUCAUGCCUCUCUCUAUACUCUAUGCUUAGCUUUACUCCUGCUGAUUUAACAGAAAUCUUUAAACUUGCAGCUGAUCCUUAGGUUUCGUUGUUUUAACCUCCUUUAACUGAGGUCCAUGUGAACACUUACUCUCUUGUCACUCUUCCUCCCGUCUCCGUAGAGUCUCCGCAAGUAUAGCAAACUGUAACCUUUUCUUGGUCUAUAAUUCUGACAGCAGUGUGGAGGCACCAGUGACUGUAUGCAUGUCAGACUGUAAACUUCACCCGAACCCCAGCUGUGGAUGGCACAGGGGGAACAGAAGUGUUUGUGUGUGUACCGUGGAUUUUUUCAUAGAGCGUUUGAGUAGCUGCUCUGUUUUCUUCUACUGACAAAACUUUGUUUUAAUACUUUCUGUUUUUGUGAUUUUACUAUUUAUUAUAAAUGCUAGUGAGCAUGUGUUUUGUUUUUUUACUCACACUCCGGAGUCUCAUUUUUCUACAAGUCAAUCAGUAACACAGUGAACCAUUUGUUUCUCUCUAAUAUUUUUUUUUUUGUAAAUACUGUGAUGUGCAUUGCUGGCUGAUCCCAGAUCAAGAGAUGGACCUUUAUCCUUUGAAAUAAACCAUCUGAGAACCUGUUAUCAUAGAUUAAGAGAGUGGAAUAAUAAGAUACUUACUAGAGAUAAAUGCUUGAUUGUAUCAGAUUUGCUUAACACACUCGACCUUUGCACGACUGUACUUACAUGAUAGUAGGAUGUCACUUUUUUUUCGUCUUUGGUCCUUUUGAUAUUUGAUCAGUCAUUCCCCUUUUUUGGUGUUCUUGUGACUUUUUGUCCUGUUGUUGUAUUCCGUUCUUAAUAAAGUGAAUUUAAAAGGAUAGAAA